AUGCUGAAUGGCAAGUUCUAUACGGGCCUGCCGCCCAAGAUGGUGGAGCGACAAGGCGGCGUUGGACGCAAUCGCCAGGAAUCUCAUUUCUUCUGGCCAGAUGAUUCUCAAAAGUCAAGUGCAACAGAGACGCGCGUGCAACGUCGCAACAGCUUGCAGCUGGAGUCGAAGCCAGCGCCCAUAAAGUCAACAAUGCAGCUAGAGCCAAGUUCAGCUGAUGUGGAUACACGUCAAAUGUUUCACAAGGAGUUUGCCAAAUCCUCCAUACAGUUCUACGACAAUCUGCAGCCGAACAGCAACAACAACAGUCGCCAGCGCUUUCUGAACAGAGCACGCCGUGAAGUGACGCCCAAGCUGACAGCUGUGGACUCGCCACGCAGUCCAACGCCGCCCAAGCAAGCAGCACCCAGUCUAAGUCGUUGCAAGCAGGCGUAUAGCUCCACCAUACAGUUCUACGACUAUGACAAUGAAGCAGACAAUAGGCGUGCCACGCCCAAAUUGGACAUGAACAACAAGCGCGAAAUGGAGCUGAAUCUAAAGAACAGUCCCAAGCUGCAAGUGAAGCAUAAUGUGCGACAUCUAAGUGUAGAACGCGAACUGCCAAUCGUCACCAAGAAGCCGCUUAAUGAUGCGGAUCAGCUGCGUCAAGUGCUGCCCAAGCGCAUACUCAAGGCACAGCGUGCGGAGCCUGUGCUGGAGGAUCACUUUGAUGAUUAUAUGCAGAAGAGCAUGCGUCAGCUGCAACUGCGCAAUGCUGCGCCCUAUAAAAAGCAUGUGACCUACAAUGAGCAGGCCGCGGAAUAUGCUUAUUACGAUGAUGAACUGGAGCCGCCGCCGCCGCCACAGCACGAGAGCAACAGCCAGCUCAGAUUGCCAAAUAUGCGCACAGGAAGUGGCCAACAACAAAGGCAGCAACCACUGCCUUUUAUGGAAGUUGCUCGCAGUCGCAGUCUCAACAAUAUAAAAUCAUUAAAUAACUAUAAUAAAAAUAGUCAUAAUAAUUAUGGCAACAACAAUCACUACAUUAACGACAGCAACAACAACAACAGCAGCAGCAACACUUAUUUACGGAAAAGCUUACCCAAACUGCCAGAGCCCAGAACGCUGAGAACACAACGCUACGAUAUUGAUGACACACCAGCAAUAGCAACAGCAACAGUUGGCGCUGCGACUGAGGCGACAAUAUUGGAGCAGCAACAGCCCUCUGACCCACGCAAGCACCUGCGCAGCAGCCUCUGCUUUAAUGGCGACGCAUUGGUUGUGAAUGUGGGUGCUGCGCAGUCGACGUCGGCCGCAGCGCUAGCACGACGCAGCUCGGCCGGGCAGCGCAUAAAUGUUGGCUUGCCAGAUUGAAAAUAAAUCAAAGCUGUUGUUGCUUUUGAAUGCAAUGCGACGCUUGCUGCGACGCUGGCAGCAACUUGUAUUAGAAAAAAAAACACAUGCAUAUUGUCUGCGUGCGUGUUUUGUAUUUGUUUAUUGCUGUUGGCAGCACCCACAACACACUAAUGACAGCAACAACAACGUCGACGACGCUAAUAAUCUUUGCCUAAUAUGAGCGCAAGAAUCAAAGUCAAAAGUUAAUGUUUGCAUAAAUCACAAAGUUGUUGUUGCUCGCUUGCUGAUGAAUAUUAUGAUAAGUUAAGUUAUACAAAAUGUAAAAAAAACUAACUUAUACUAACUUGAUUUUAAUCUACACAGCUUAACUUGAUGAUUUUAUUAAAGCAGCUGCCGGCCUGCCUGCCUGUACUCUCUAUAAUAUGAUACAGCAAAUUAAAUAGAUUCGGCUAAUAUAAA